AACAGACAACAAUGUCAUUUCGCAAUUCGCAGUAAAAAGCGUACCUAUUUACUACUUUUCUCCCUAUUUCUUAUUAUUAGUUAAGACUGUGGUUAAGACAUGGCUACAGCAAUAAUGAAACUAGAAGUGGAAUCGGAAGUAUGUUCAAUAUGUGGCAGUGGUGGUGAACUAUUAACUCCAGAAGAAUACGACGCGAACGCGCUUUCUAUGCAAGUGCCGCUUAGAACUAUGUUACUGCAAAUAAACAAUAAUAAGGUAGUACCAGAAGGACGUUUCUGCUCCAGCUGCAUCCGUCGCACGGUGGACGCCUACGAGUUCAGUUCUGCGCUUUCAGCACGCUCCGUGCCUCCCUUGAGUGAAAAGAUUCGAAACUUGCGAAGGAAACUGUUAGAUCUUACUCAAAAAAUUGAUGUUUUCAUUGUGGUGGGUGGGCCUGGGGUGAACUCGGGGGGGUCUUACAGUGAAGAUGAUCUGAUCAUGGUGGAGAAGGAUGCGUUGGCUGCGGCUGCUUCUCUGGAUGAUGAGGAUAUGGAGAAAGCUAGAAAUGCUGUCGGAGAGUCAGUGUACCAGUGCACUGUUUGCCCUAUGUCAUUUCAACGCGCGAGCGAGUACCGUUCGCACGCGGCUACGCACGGCGCGGGCGCGCGGCACUCGUGCUGGACGUGCGGCGCGCAGUUCGGCUCGGCGCCCGCACUGGCAGACCACGCCGCGCUGCACGCCGCGCCCGCCGCGCAGUCCUGCCACGCCUGCGCCGCAACCUUCCCGACUGCAGGCGCAGCUCGCGCGCACGCGGCGGUGUGCUCGGCCCGCGCGCGCUGCGAGGUGUGCGGCGAGCUGUUCCCGUCGCGCGCGCUACUCGCUGCGCACGGGGCACAGGCCCACCCGCCCUCGCAAAUCGAGCCAGCGCUGUGCCCGGUGUGCCUGUGCGCGGUGGGCCCGGGCGCGGCGGCGGCCCACGCGCUGGCGCACCGGCAGGCCGACCGCUUCGUGUGCGGCUACGACGCGUGCACGCUGCGCUUCCCCACGCGCAACGAUCUGCUAGCGCACAUCCGCUCGCGUCACGCGGGCGCCGCGGGGGCGAUGCUGGCCGGUGCGGGGGCGGGGGAGGGGGCGGGCGGUGCGGGGGCGGGGCCGGGGGGUGAGGCGCGGGACGAGGAGCGCACCGUGCAGUGCCCGCACUGUGAGCGCACGUUCGGUUCGGUGGCGGCCAUGAAACGCCACUCGCACGUGCACCGCCGCGAGGCGCAACAAGACGAAGACUGGGCCGCUGUAAAUGAUGGCGAUGUAGAAUAUCUCGAACUGGAGACCCUCGACGACGGUAACGACUACCAGUAGACACCACUGAGCCAAAGGGAUAUAUCAUCUGUAUAGACUAUAAUAUUAUAAUAUUGACACGCAAUUAACAAUAACACUCAAAAAUUUUCAAAAGGAAACUCUGCCUACGCGUGAAUUACCUACGCAGUUUUCUAAUGAGCACUACAAUAGAUUUUAAACUUUGCUACCACGCAAUAAGGUGGUAAUUUCAAUGAAUGUUUUAUGCAAUGUGUGUAGACACAGUAAUACAGUAUCUACUAUUUGACAAAACUCAUCUAUAAAUAUACAGUGAUUUAGAAUGACCAU